UCGAAUCAGUACGAGAUUUGCUCGUAUACGUUAUACACUAAAUAAUAUCCACGAAUAAAUUUUAGCAAUUCAAAUUCAACGGUAAAUGGAAUUAGAUUUAUCGCAAAUAGAUAAAACAAGUACAACACUGUUGUUUAGCCAACGUAGACUACGUUUAUGUAAUAUUUCGGAAGAUAUUCAGAAAAAAAAUCAAUAAUGAUUCGGCACAAUAACCCAAUUGUACAAAGAGAUUACGAACAGGAAGGAGAUUACGUUUGCAACAAUUCCGAAAAUAUAAUUGACAGCGUGUGCAUCUGUAAGAAACCGCAUCGACUGCAUAUAGCGAGUGAUUCUUUGCUAUAAAUAGUAUCUCGAAAAAUAUCUUAAAUCGCGUAAGCGAUCGUGCGUGUUGUUGUUGUUGUUGUGCGCGAGUGCCCAAAAGAAUAUAGACCAUGUCUUCCGACGACGGAUCCGACGCGAGUGAAUUCUUGCUCGAACGCGUGGAGGAUCUUCACCGACACAUGUUGAUCGUGUGGCAAGACAUACGAGGCAACGUCGACUGGGACAACGAAGAGGCGCGACAGCAACUUCUCUGGAAACUUCAUCCCCUGUUCUGCCUCGAUUGGGAGGGCGCCUAUCCGAAUCUGCGCGACUUUUGUCGAGCCGAAGCCAUCGAGCGUCUGCUCACGGACGCCGUGAAUCUCAGGUACCUCGAGCACUAUCCGGCCCACGAGUUCAUACGAUUCGUGGCUCGAAGCGGCUACAGAAACGAUCCGGCCGAAUUCGCCUCGUUGCGUCGCACCACCGCCCUACAUCUGGCCGCCAAGCGCUGCGUCUUUCCCGGUAGUCUGGGCGACGCCAAGGUCCGCGAGCUCUUCGCCAUUUACGACGAUUGCGAGGCGAACUACGUCGACGAGGAGGACGGCGCGACGACGCAUUUUCUCGUGGCCUGCAAGUUCGGUUACGAGAGGAUCGUGGAAAAAUUCCUCGAACGGAAGCAAAGUAUCGACUGUCUCGAUUCCGCGCUACGCGUGGCUCUCAACUGGGAAAGAGAGGAGGUGGUGGAGCUGCUGCUGAGACACGGCGCCGAUCCCAAUCGAGCCGAUCGCGUCUCGGGCGAGACUCCUCUGCACGUCAUCUGCAAGAAACAAAGCGGCAGCGACGACGACGACUUGGCCAAGCUGUUGUUCGACGCGACGGAAAAAGUCGGCGAGCGGUUGCGGGUCGACGCGCAGGACGAGAGAGGCUGGACGCCGCUGCACUUCGCACUGAUCCGCCGGAAUCGUCGCUUGGUCGAAUUACUGCUGAGAGGAGGUGCCGAUCCGAAUUUGGCCACGCGGCGAGGAGUGACUCCGCUGCACGUCGCCUGUCGCAGGUCCGAGUUUCAUCGGGGCGCCGCAGUGGCCGGAUCGUUGCUGCGGAUCAGCGAGGAGGUCUUGGGGCGGCCGGUGGUGGAGCUCGACGCGCGAGACGCCAAGGGCCGGACGCCGCUGCAGUGGGCCGUGGCGAAUCUCGAGUCCGCGAGUAUCGUCGAUUUGCUCCUGGAACGCGGCGCCGAUACGUCCAACUUCGUUUUUUCCGAGUCGAGUUUCCUCGGCAGGGAAUUCAAGAACGAUCAGCGGGAGUUUCGAUUGUUACUCGCGGCCGGUGCUCUGGCCUGCGUCGAGAGCCUGGAGAACGCGGGCUACCGGAUGGAGCGUGGAGACGCGUCCAAGAUCGCCAAGCUGUUCGCCGAGCACGGACUGUUCGAGAGGACAACGGCGGAGUUCGAGAGGCGCUGGUACAACGACGACGAAUUCGACGACAAAGCCAAAGAGAUCAUGGUGAAACGGUACCUGUCGCUGCGCGACUUGGUCUCGAUGAGACGCGACGAGGAGGCGACGUUGCUCACGCCCAGGGACUACUACGAGUUCGCGCGAUCGAAGGAGCUGCUCGCGCUGCCGGACAAGUUCGGUGAGUCGUGCGUCUCGCAUCUGUGCGAGAAGAUGUCGAGAGGAUUUUUCCAGCGAUGGGGAUUGGAUCAGCCUUACUGGGAGUUGAAGCUCGAGCCGUCGAUUUUCGGCUGGGAAAUCGCGAGCGUCGAGCUGCCGAUCUACGAGGGUCUUUGGCGCGUUUGCGAAGCGGCCAUGGACUUUUUUGGCUCGUACUGGCUGUCGAUCGCGUUCGCGUGCUUACCUUUUUACAUCGUGCACGUUAGCGAUAUUGCUAUUCGUUGUCAUUUUUAUGACGAUGUAUUUCACAAUGAUGGAAUUUUUUCCGAUGACAAAGUAGAUAAACUUUAACGAACUCGUAAGUAAGAAAAUUUAAUGUUUAAGAUAAUUAAAUUAUUAUUAAGGAAUUUUGAAAAUACUACUGUUGUAAAUACACGAAUAUUAAUUGUAAGUAUGCUGAUGCCAAGUUAUCUCAUUCCAACGAAGCAGAGAGGAUUUUAAUGCAUUGUCAUAGACGUACUGAAAAGUACUGAGGUGAAUCUAUAUAGAUUGUUUUGAAAAAUCAAUAAAUUGUUAACAAUUUUUCACGACAAUGGCUUGCUGCAAUCGAUGAGAUCUGCGGGCACAAAAUAUGACGUAAGAAAAUGUAAAAAAGUGUAAUAAAAUGUAGUACAUUUUAUAACUUGAUACAAUAAUUUUUCACGACAAUGGCUUGCUGCAAUCGAUGAGAUCUGAGGGCACAAAAUAUGACGUAAAAAAAUGUAAAAAAGUGUAAUAAAAUGUAGUACAUUUUAUAACUUGAUACAAUAGUUUUAACUGACAUUAUUACUCUUUCUUGUAAGUUUUUUUCUUGUAAGGAAAAAUAAACAAU